AUGUCUGAAUUUUAUAAAUUAAUUGCCGUUGAUACUGAUAAAAAACCUUACCCAUUUUCUCAAUUGAAGGGAAAAGUUGUAUUAAUUGUUAAUGUGUACCUUCAUUUUGGUUACAUGCCACAAUAUAAAGAACUAGAAAUAUUAUAUGAAAAAUAUAAAGACAGAGGUUUUGUUAUCUUAGCUUUCCCAUGUGCUCAAUUUGAACAUGAAGCAAGAGAUAGUCCGGAUGAAAUUCAAGAAGAUAUUAAACAAUUAGAAUUUGUAACGAAAUUUCCUAUAAUGAACGAGGUCAACGUUAAUGGUCCAGAUACAAAUCCAGUGUAUAAAUAUCUGAAAUCUAAAGUAACAGAUUCUUUGGGAUUAAGAAAUAUUAAAUGGAAUUUUGCAAAAUUUCUGAUCGACAGGGAUGGUAACGUUGUUAAUCGUUACUCCUCACUGGUGAAACCUUCAUCCUUGGAAAAUAUCAUUGAACGUUUAUUAGAUAAAAAUGAAACCUGGCAUGUCGUUUAA